GUUGAAUAAGAGAAUAUAAUAAAGGAUUAUUCCAAUAAAAGAUACCGGAGUCCGGACAUAGGUGAGAGUCGAAAAUCACAAUACACACAGUAUUGUAGAGCAAUCGGCCAUUUUCAUUUUAUUUUUCACUUUCGUCGUCCAAAACAAGUACCUCCAACUGCUCAAUUCCAAAAAUUUCAAAGCGGAUUCACUGCUUGUGUGUGAAAUAGAGAGAGAUCUCCAGCAGCAAUGCCUCAAAGCGGCGCCGCAGCCGCCCAAUCGCAGCCGCUUCCGCUUGUGGUGACGCUCAAUUGCAUCGAGGACACGCUUCUCGAGGAGGAAUGCCUCGGCGGCGUCGCGGAGGUGGAGCACGUCUCGCUCAGCCGGCUGGCGGACUCGCGGAUCGAAUCUGCGGCGGCGGUGCUCAUCCACUCGCUCUCGUUCCUCCCACGCGCCGCACAGCGCCGCCUCCGCCCGUGGCAGCUGAUCCUCUGCCUCGGAUCGUCCGACCGCACCGUGGACUCGGCGCUGGCCGAGGAGCUCGGGCUGAACCGGCUGAUCCACGUGGACGUCAGCCGAGCUGAGGAGGUGGCGGACACUGUGAUGGCGCUGGUCUUGGGGCUGCUGAGGCGCACGCAUCUGCUCUCCAGGCACGCGCUAUCGGCGUCAGGAUGGCUCGGCUCGGUGCAGCCGCUGUGCCGUGGAAUGCGGCGGUGUCGCGGAUUGGUGUUGGGGAUUGUUGGUAGAUCUGCCUCUGCAACGUCGUUGGCUAAUAGGAGCUUGGCGUUUAAGAUGAGUGUGUUGUACUUUGAUGUGCAAGAGGGAAAUGGUAAAAUAAGCAGAUCCUCCUUAAGAUUUCCGGCAGCUGCAAGAAGAAUGGAUACACUUAAUGACUUGCUUGCUGCAAGUGACCUAAUAUCUCUGCACUGUGCUUUGACUAAUGAUACGGUUCAAAUUAUCAAUGCAGAUUGUUUACAGCAUAUAAAGCCUGGGACAUUUCUUGUAAAUACCGGGAGCAGCCAGCUGUUGGAUGAUUGUGCUGUGAAACAACUUUUGAUCGAUGGCACGCUUGCAGGCUGUGCCCUUGAUGGUGCUGAAGGACCACAAUGGAUGGAAGCCUGGCUAAGGGAGAUGCCCAAUGUUCUGUUACUUCCUCGCAGUGCUGACUACAGUGAAGAAGUAUGGAUGGAGAUCAGGGAAAAGGCCAUUUUCAUACUACAGCAAUUUAUCAUUGAUAAUGUCAUUCCAAAGAAUGCUGUAUCUGAUGAGGAAGACGAGGAGGAGGAAAGGGAGUUGGAAAGUAAGAAUGAACAGAGUCGCAUGCUAGAGAGUGAAACUUCAUACCUAGGUUCAGUGAAUGAUGGAUUGGCUGAAAAUGUUGAGUUGGUGGCAGAAAGUUCCCAGAAAAAGUUCUUAAAUCAAUCAAAAGAAACUUCUAACCAGAAUCAAACUUCUGUUUUGUCUCAAAGUACUUCAAAUAGUAGAUCUGAAACAACGCGAAACAGAUCAAGUAAGAAGGCUAAGAAGAGGCAUGGCCGGCAAAAGUCUCAGAAUAAAGCAGAUGAUCCCUCAACAUUUGAGAAAGAAAGUUCUUCAUAUAGAGAAGACGAUGCUAAUAUGAGUGGCACAGAUCAAGUUCUGAGUUCUAGUGAAGAUUCAAGGAAUAGGAAAACACCGGUUGAUUUAAAAGCAGAAUUAACCCCAGAGCUGCCGCUAAAUUCAAGCAGAGAACUUCUGAAAAAUUCGGGAGAACUGCUGAAAGAUGGUUAUAUUGUAUCUUUACAUGCAAGGGACCAUCCUGCACUUCAUGUCUCGAGGCAAAGGGUCCAAGGUGGUGGUUGGUUCCUGGAUACAUUGUCAAAUGUCACAAAAAGAGACCCUGCAGCGCAAUUCCUGGUUGUGUGUAGAAGCAAGGAUACAAUCGGGUUUAGAUCAUUUACUGCUGGGGGAAAGUUAUUGGAGAUAAAUAGAAGGAUGGAAUUCGUAUUCGCCAGUCAUAGUUUUGAUGUCUGGGAGAGUUGGACGCUUGAGGGUUCUCUCCAAAAGUGCAGGCUAGUGAACUGCAGAAACCCUCUGGCUGUGCUGGAUGUACGCAUUGAAAUUGUCGCAGCUCUAGGUGAAGACGGCAUCACUCGCUGGCUCGACUAGUUGUUGGAGGUACGAAUGUUAAAAUCCUUAUAACACAUGAAAGACACAUUUAUUUACUCUCACGGCCAAGACAUCAUAUUCUGUAAAGAUUUCUAUUGAAAACAUGGAUGCAUUCAAGUCUCAUGUGUUUGCUGGCUUAUUUUGAUGUGUCAAAUAUUCAAAUACUAAUUCUCAUUUUGUUUUUUCGUGACUUAUACAUAGUUGAUAUACAGAGUGAAAUUUAUUGCAAAAA